AGAAGGGAAAAAAAAGGUUGUUUGUUGGGGUCAAAAGAGUCGCGUUCUACUCGUUCAUUAGCAGCAGUACAAAACCUCUUAAUCCCGCUCACAGCUCCUCUCUUUCUCCAGUGGUUUUGAGAUCGAGAGUUAGAGAAGAACCAAGACACGCUCAUCUCACCGCCUAAGAGAAGAGGAAAUUCUACUAAGAAAGCGAAACCCUAAAUUUCUCCUUCCCCCGUCCUCCAGCGACCACGAGAACAAGUCCCAAACAAGAAUGAACGAUUCCGUCGGCUCGCGUCAUCUUUCGAUUCGCGGUUCUGUUCGUGCAUCGUUCCAAUUAGAAGCUGCAGGUUUUUAGAGUGCAAAAAAUGAGUGGCUUAUUUAAUGGGCAAAUUUUGGUGGAGAAGCUUGCAAAGCUCAAUAAUUCGCAGCAGAGCAUAGAAACUCUAUCACAUUGGUGUAUAUUCCAUAGAAAUAAUGCGAGGCAAGUUGUGGAAACAUGGGAUCGGCAAUUUCGUUGUGCUCCAAGAGAUCAGCGAGUAUCAUUUCUAUAUCUUGCCAAUGAUAUUUUGCAGAACAGUAGGCGAAGGGGUUUAGAGUUCAUUAAUGAAUUCUGGAGGGUUCUUCCUGGUGCACUUAAUGAUGUAUUUGAGAAUGGGGGAGAGUUUGGAAGAAACACUGUGCUGAGACUGGUUGACAUAUGGGAGGAACGUAAAGUCUUUGGUUCUCGUGGACAAAUUCUUAAGGUAGAGCUUUUGGGAAGGAAUCUAGAGAAUAGAAAUAGAAAUGGAAAGGGCAUUAGUUACAAGUUGAAGCAGCCUAGUGCAGAACUGCUGGAGAAGCUCAUGUCAGGCUAUGGGCAUGUUUAUGAUAUGGAUGAAGAUGCUUUAUUUGGAAAAUGCCAGACUGCAAUUAACUUUGUUGAGAAAGUGGAAAAAGACCUCAACUCAGGUAAUAUUAGUGAAACUGCAACUGUUGCGGACUUGCGGGUGCAGCAUGGCAUACUAAAAGAAUGUAUAGAACAACUGAAAGCUGCUGAAUCAUCUAGAACCACUCUUUUAUCCCAUUUAAGAGAGGCACUCCAUGACCAGGAGUUGAAAAUUGAAAAAAUCCGUAACGAACUUCAGGCUGCGCAAUCACGAUAUGAACAAGCUGGCAACAUCUACCAGCAGCUACAUGGCUGCAACAUCAGAGAGUCGCCUCCUGAGCAGACACCAAAGGUGUCAUCAUCACCCUUCUUCGAUGCCCCUCCUGGUUUCACCCCAAAGUCCAGUGUCGGCGACGGAGACAAAGCACCAUCAACUCCAGUCAGGUGCAACCAAGAGGCGCCUCUCUCUAACAACGAUUCUUCUCGUACAGAAGAAGAGCACCGGAAAACAGCUGCUGCAUCAGUGGCAGCAAAGCUUGCGGCAUCCACCUCGUCUGCCCAGAUGCUCAGCUACGUCCUCUCCUCCUUGGCUUCAGAGGGCGUCGUCAGCCAGACUGUGAAAGAGGAGUACCCUUCUGACAACAAGAGGCCUAAACUAGAGAAUGAUGUGCCUUCUUACAUGCCACCACCUCAGUCUGAGCCCCAGUCUCAGACUCAGCCACCCCCUCCCCCAUUCCCGCAUCCUGAUAUGCUGCAUCAGCCACCACCACCACCAUCACCGCCCAUGAGUCAGCUGAGCCCCACUGUUCAGCCGCCGCUGCUGCCACCACGACUACCAGCAGCUUCAUUGCCACGUGUGCCUCCACCUCCGCCAACCACCGCACAGCUUAUGCAGGCUGCUGCUGGACCUAUGACUGCUGUACCCUUCGGUUACAGCUCAGCCCCACCGCCUCUGCCGAUCUAUCCAAUGGUUGGCAUGCCGCCUUACCCGAGCAUGCCAAAUCCAUACCAUGGUUUCCAGGCAUCAGAUGCUGUUGGUGGUCUCUUUAGCCAACCACCAUUGCCAACAGCACCACCACCAAUGACUCGGCAAUAAUAAGCCAGAGAGUGGUCUGGAGAAGCACGAGCAAGAAUGUGAUGAUUGAAUGAGGUGAAGCUCAUAGAAAUGGCUGAUAUGAAUUUUUGUUGCAUCCAAAGAAUUCUGUUGGUCUUGUUCACAUUGUAUGCUUCAAUCCGAUUAACUCAUAUACAUGUUGUACAUCAAGUCAUGAUCAUCUAAAGCAUUUGAAGUGUUGUUGAAGAGA